CUGAGUGAGCGUGAAUUGUGGCCGAUUGUUCAUCCACUCGCCGCCGACAGCGUUCAGAGAGAGAAAUGAUCUUGCAGAAACCGCGCCUUCUUUAAGCGAUCACUGCGCGCGUCUACUUGGUCUACUUAAGACAAGGCCGAGCCCACCGCAGCAGGCCAGUGUCCAUCUCUGCCCCAGGCAGGCAGGCGACUAGCCGAGCAGAGGCAGCUCCUCCCCUCCCCCUCGCCCACUCCCACUCCACUCCUCUCCCUCUCCGCAUCGAUACACGCCAUCAACCACGCGCCCGGCUGCUCGCAGCCCGCUCCGCCCACCGACGCAGCAGCGGCAGUAGCUAGCUGGACCUAUGCCGCCAGCGGCGAGAGGCGCGCGGCCAGUGACGCUGCGGGACUUCCUGGAGCUCGGGUGCGAGUCCAGCAGCGACGGGUUCCGCUCCUACCCGCGCUGCCUCCCCUGCGACGAUGCCGCCGGCGUGCUGCAGGCGCCCGUGCGCUUCGUCAUCGAGGCCGACCUCCGACGGAGCCCCUCGUGGUCUCCGUCCUCGUUCUUCCUCCCCAAGAGCCCCGGCGCGCUCGCCAGGAUCUCCAGCCUCUCCAGGAGUUUCUCGCGGCGGAUCAGGGAAGGUUUCUGGAGGCGCCGGGAGGACGACGACGAGGCUUACUUCGACGAGCGGGACUCGUGUGGGUUUCCGUCGCCGUUGGUGAGCAGCUGCUCCGCGUCCGAUUCUGAGUCGGAGUACGCCGAGUGGGAGCCGGACGUUGUGACCGAGGAGAAGUUGGCAUCCGCGCCGGCGCCCGAGUGCGAGAAAGCGUCGUCGUCGUCGAGCUCGGCGGACCACCAUUGCACGGACGCGCCCGAAGCCGCAAGAGACUGCCCGAAGGAGGCGCUAGAUGGCGAUUCCGCGGCGGGGCGCAACUUGGAGAUGGAGGAGAAGCAACAGCUGAGCCCCGUGUCCGUUCUGGAUUUCCCCUUCGAUGACGACGAAGGAAGCGAUGCCGGCACGUGCUCGCCUUCCUUCCAGCACUGCCCACCGGAUCACCAGGGGGCGAAGGCGCAGCUGCUGCACAAGAUCCGACGGUACGAAGGCCUGGCGGAGGCAGUGGAUCUCCAGGCACGGUUCACCACCUCGGACGCCGGAGAAUCCGCCGACGCGCGCAGCUGGUGCUCGCAUCUCCAAAGCAACUCGUGCACUGACAAUGCAACAGCAACGACGGCGUCGUCGUCACGCCACGACGACGAGGAUCACCGAAGCGCCGAGCAAUCAGAAGAGCAAGAACCUGAUGAAUACCGGCUGCUUGAGCGACUGCUCGUCGAGGACACGGCGGCUUCGGCUGCCGCAGACGAGAUCUCCGAAUCGCUCCUCCUCGACUUCUUUGCGGAGGGCAUCGAUCGUCAUCGUUCGGUGGCUGGAACGGUGAAGCCGUUGGACGAUCGCAAGGUAGCGGCGCUGGUGGGAGCGGCCGGUGAGUGGCUGCGAGGCGCGGGCCCCCAAUGGGGCAUCGGGGACGUGAUCUUCUCCGGGGAGGCAGCGCUGGCUGACAUGGAGCGGUGGAUGUGCCUUGACGAGGACGAGCGGGACGUCAGCGCCGCGGUGUCGGGGCUCGUGAUGGGCGGGCUGGUGGACGAGCUGGUGACGGAGCUGGCGCCCUGGUGGUGCGGCCACAGUUGGUGGAGCUAAGCAAGUGUACCGUGCAUCGGUCCAAUAGCAGACAAAGGAGCAUCUACACGUCCGAGCAUGUGGUUUAAAUUUUGUGGGCUUACCUGGGAUUACCAAUUUAUGAUCCAUGCAU